UGCCCACACUUUCUACACACACCAAGAUGGCGGGCACGGUGAAUCCAGACUUGCGGAAGGAGCGAGAAAACGCCAGUUUCGACCCAGAAAAAGUCACAAACUUCCUGUACGGCGGUCCUGGAGUGGUGAGCAGGAAGAGGGAACUAGAAUCCCUUGCCCUGAAUGACCCCGCCUAUCGACAUGAGGACUUGAACUUCCUGUCCCGGGAAGAGCAGUAUGAGACGCAGAUGCAGAAAUCCAUCGCGAUGAUCAACAAGACCAAGAAACUGGACAUCACUGAUCUGAUGGAGCGAUACUUUUACACCAGUGCUGCAAUGGGAUCAGAUAACCAGUCCUUUGGUCUGCAUGUGGGGAUGUUCCUGCCCACCCUGUAUGGCCAGGCUACAGAACAACAGAAGGAAAAAUGGCUGAAGAUGGCAGAGAACUAUGCCAUUCUGGGCACGUAUGCUCAGACAGAGAUGGGACAUGGAACCUUCCUCCGAGGCUUGGAGACAACGGCGACGUAUGACCCCUCUACUCAGGAGUUUGUCAUCAACACACCCACAAUCACAGCGUACAAGUGGUGGCCUGGUCAAAUGGGGCACAUCUCUAACUACGCUGUCCUGAUGGCCCAGCUGUACAUCCACGGCAAGUCUUACGGCCCACAUCCCUUCAUGGUGCAGAUUCGCAGUCUGGAGGAUCACAAGCCUCUGCCUGGCGUGACUGUUGGUGACAUUGGACCCAAGUUUGGAUUUGACUCUGUUGACAACGGCUUCCUGGCCUUCAACAACGUCAGGAUCCCGCGGGAGAACAUGCUCAUGAAGUAUUCAAGGGUUGAGCCGGAUGGCACCUACGUGAAGCCGCCCAGUACCAAGCUGGCAUACGGUACCAUGGUGAUGGUGAGAGCCAAUAUCGUCCAGAACUCCAGCAGGUUCCUGGCCAGGGCUGUUACCAUAGCAACACGCUACAGCUGUGUGCGCCGGCAGUCCGAGAUGAAACCAGGCCAACCGGAGCCCCAGGUGUUGGACUAUGUGACCCAGCAGUACAAGUUGUUCCCAAACCUGGCUACUGCCUACGCCUUCUGGCUGACUGGACAGACCAUGAUGAAGGUUUACAUGACGUCGGCCAACCAGAUCGCUAAGGGAGACAUCAGUGUCCUGCCUGAGCUUCACGCCCUUUCGGCUGGUCUGAAAGCGCUGACAUCGUGGGUGGCGAAUAUCGGGAUGGAGGAGUGUCGUCUGGCGUGCGGCGGACACGGGUACUCUCACGCCAGCGGGCUGCCCCGUCUGUACGCCAAUGCCACUCCGGGCGCGACUUACGAGGGAGAGAACACCGUCAUGAUGCUUCAAACUGCAAGGUACCUGAUGAAGAGUUAUAACCAGUCCCAGCAGGGAGAGAAGCUGGCUGGUUCUGUGGCGUACCUGGCAGGGGUACAGCCAGUCGCUGUGGCUGGGAGGAACAGGAACAUGCUGGACCUGGGGACUCUGUGUGAUGCCUACCAGCACAGGGCAGCCAGGCUGGUGCAUGAGGCUGCUGUACUGCUGAGGAAUGAGAGGCAGGCUGGGAAGGACCAGCCCGAUGCCUGGAACGCUGCGUCUGUGGAUCUCGUCAAGGCAGCCAUGGCCCACAGCCAGUACUUUGUGGUGAAGAACUUUGUGGAGAGGCUGACAGACACCACACUGGACAGCUCCGUCUCUGCUGUCCUGACUAGGCUGUGUCAGCUGUACUCUCUACAUGGGCUGGUCACUAACAGUGGGGACUUUUUGGAGGAUGGCUACAUGACUGGUAAAGACAUCCGCCAGGCCAAACGCCACAUCAACUCCCUCAUGGCCAAACUCCGUCCUGACGCGGUGGCUCUUGUCGACGCUUUCGACUUCCGGGACGGGAUCCUGAACUCCAUACUGGGGCGCUACGAUGGGAACGUCUACGAACACCUGCUGGAGUGGGCCAAGGCUUCACCUCUCAACAAAACUGAUGUGCACCAGUCCUACCACAAGUACCUGAAACCCUUCCUUGAAGCCAACAGGGCCAAGCUGUGAAGACGUCUGAGAAGAAAA